ACUGGAAAGUUCUGGAACAGUGUUGGCUUGUGUUGGACGAUCAGUCGCAGUAGUCGCAGUUGACAGUCAGUCGGUGUUGUUCUGUUGGGUCGGUUGUUGUUUGAUCGAGGGAGUGUUUUGGCAGAGAGUGACGCGCAGUGCUUGUACGAUUGAAUCUGCCAAGGUGUUGUAACCAGUGCAUCUUAUAAAAAUUAUAAUUUUAUUCAACUGAAAAAGUAUUAGUGCUACUUGGAUCUCGACUUCUCUUUCAAUUUCCACGUUGCUAGUCAAUCAGGUCGGUACAAACGGUUGUUGUUUAUCUUCGAUGAUAGUGUGUUGUGUGUUAUCCUGUUUAUCUUAUCUUUGGAAACAAUUCGUUUUGUUCAGUAGUUUAUGAAAUUCGUCAAAAAAUAUUAUAAUAUGCAAGUGACUGAUGUAUUUCGUUGAGCUGUUCAAUGGGAUCGUUAUGCGCUAGCACACGCUGUCUUUCUCAACCUGCGGUUCGUUGGAAGUGGGAGAGGAGCGGCGUCGUCGGGUCGCCAUGAUGGAUAGCCUGAUGGUGGCAGGCGGCGACGGGGGCGGCGGUGGAGGCGGCAGCAACAAGGGGGUGGUGAGUGGGGGCGGCGAGCAGCGCCUGGCUGUGUUGAGCUACGAGCAGGUGCGACGACUCAACGAUGUGAUGGACGAGGUUGUGAGCAUCCACGGGCGCGGCAACUUCCCCACACUGGAGGUGCGCCUGCGAGACCUGGUCACCGUGGUCAAGGCCAAGCUGGAGGCGGAAGCGGGUGCGGGUGGUGCCGGCAUGCGAGUGCGCGACAUCCGCCUGAACGGAGGCGCAGCGUCGCACGUCCUGGCCACCUCGUCGCAGCCCUACAAUGAUCUCGACCUCAUCUUCGGCGUCGAGUUGUCAGGCGCCGGUGGCCGCGACUUCGAUCGCGUCAAGACGGCUGUGCUCGGCUCGCUGCUCGACCUCCUGCCUGAUGGCGUCAGUCGCAAGCGCAUCACCACCUGCAGCCUCAAGGAGGCCUACGUCGGCAAGAUGGUCAAGGUCAACCAUGACGGCGACCGCUGGUCGCUCAUCUCGUUGGGCAACUCUCGCGGCCACAGGAACGUCGAACUCAAGUUCGUCGACUCUAUGAAACGACCGUUCGAGUUCUCGGUCGACUCCUUCCAAAUAAUCCUAGACUCUUUGUUGCUGUUCUACGAGUGCAGCAAGCUCUCUAUAGAGGAGACCUUUUAUCCGACUGUGGUAGGCGAAUCUGUGUAUGGCGACUUUCAGGAAGCACUGUAUCACCUGCACAAAAAGCUGAUCGCCACCAGGCAUCCGGAAGAGAUCCGAGGUGGAGGACUGCUCAAGUACUGCAACCUGUUGGUGCGCUCCUACCGGCCGGCGAGGCCAGACCACAUCAAAACGCUCGAACGCUACAUGUGCUCGCGCUUCUUCAUCGACUUCCCCGACAUCAACCAGCAGCGAGCCAAGCUGGAGAACUACCUGUGGAACCACUUUGUGGGAGCCGACGAAGAGUCGCUCAAGUACCAGUACCUGCUUCUGCUGCACCACGUGGUCGAGGAGUCGACCGUCUGCCUGAUGGGCCACGAGCGACGUCAGACGCUCAGUCUGAUUGAGGAGCUCGGCUGUCAGGUGCUCUACCAAGAGCAGCAGCGCCUCUACGCACAGCACCAGCCCACCGCCACCAUCAUCUACACGACCAGUGGCGGCGGCUAUUACUACACGCCGCUCAUCCCCGCCGCGGCCGCUGCCUGUCCCUGUGCCACUGCAUCAGCCUACACCACCACCACCUGCUCGUCGUGAUCGCUCUAAUGCCCUAAACCCCCCCCCCACGCCCUGACGACACAUUCCACUGCUCAUGGCUGCAAUCCCCCCUCCCCACUACCACAUAUACCAAUGCUAAUUCUACAUUAGAAUUACUUGCCGUUUGGUCUCAACAAUCACACUCAUUUAUCAUAUUUGUGCAUCUGCUAACUUAUUUUCAUGCAGCAAGUUUAUCAAUAAAUCUUAUUCUUCAUGAUUGGCUGUUAUUGUUUCAGACAAUGAUAUGUAGUAAGAACUGUACGAAAGUUUUUAAACAACUGUAAUGAAAUAUCAUUUCAACCUCUCUGUUGAUUUAGUUACUGGUAACAUUUGAAUGAGACGUCUAGACUCGUGAUAAAUCACACUUAUCUAUGAUAAUAUGUUAUUUAUCUGUAUACCAGUCUGUGUUUCAUGCAAAAUGUGUUAUGAUGAAUUAAUUUAUUGUCUCUCAUGGAUUGUGGCCACCAACGCAGCAUUGUGGACAGAGUAAAAAGUGAAUAAAAUCAUACAAACUGUCGAAUUUUGUGAUAUAUAUAUUGAGCAGUGUUGGAGUUAAUCAAUUAGCCAUACUGUAAUAUUUCAAAUUAAAUACAUGUCUGAAUAGGGUCUAACUUGAUUCUUCAUCUAGUAAUAAUAGACUUAUGUUAAAAUGGUAAACUUAAGGUACCAUCAUCAGAGUGUUGUGAUCUCUCGACUUUUAAUGUUGUUUUUGAACUUAUAGAUAGCCUACUGUAUAUUGUUACCAAUUCAAAUAGAUUCAUUAUUUCAAAUUUGAUCAUAUAAUAUAACAGUUCGAUAGUAUGUUUACAAGAUACAUUUUUAUUUCAUCACUUGUAAUAAAACUGUUAUACAAUGACUGAUAUUUUUUACAAUUUGAUAAGAAGUGUAUGAGUAUCCAUACAUAUUUGUACUGAAUGUUGCAACAGUCCGGUAAUAGUAAUAAUUGACAUCAUUUUCUGUUGAUAAGUCCAACUAUUCAAAUAAAAUUAUGUUUGCUUAGAUACAAAUCAUCAUUGAGAAUGUAAUUUUUCCACAAAGUGUUAGUAGAUAGUCUUGCCAACUCUACAAUUCGUUUCAAUUGUAACGUACAGAAAUUAUAUUAUUUUGGUUUCUUUAAGUUUCAAAAAUAUCCAAGUCAAUACAAUUAGAUUUUUUUUAAUCAGAAAAAUAUAUAUGUACAUUCUACGCAUCCGAAACGGUCUGAAGACCAGUAGGAUAAGUUUUCAGAAAUAGACCUAAUAAAAAUAAAACAUUGUAUAUUGGAAGCAUGUAACUAUUCUUCUACCAAUCUAUAUUAUCGGAUGGUAAUUAAUUUUGUUCUAGGCCUUACAGUAUGGUCACAGUGGAAAUAUUUCUAUUUGAUUAAUGACACAAUGUAGUGAUUCCAUUCAUUUAUCUUAGUUUUAGAUUUAUUUAUUCAAAUCGAAAGAGGUGGAGGGUUGGAACAGGCUUGUUUCCUGUGUUAUAAUUAAUUUAUUUUACUUUAAGAAGCAGCUCAUCGCAAUUCCAUCUUUUUAAUUAUAAGUAAUCGUAUCAAAUUUUCCAAUUCCAUUCGAUCUUAUUGUUAUUUUGCUUUAUAUCAGAAAAAUUAUUAUUUUGUAAGAAUACCAAAACAACUCACAGUAAUUUAUAAUAUGUAUUUUUAAGGCGGAUUAACAUGAUAAGUCACAAUUUGUUGAAGAUUGGCUUCAGUUAUAGUUUUUUCCAAAAAUGCGAAUUUAUUUUUACACAAUAAUUAUUGGGAAACUACUUUUGUUAUUAAUUAAGCUAGUCACAUCAGGUUAAUUUUAUUUAUCUGCCUUUUAUAAGAUUAGUGCUAUGAGGUAAAUUAGGUUCUUAGUUUUGUAUUUUUCGAAUUGAAAUUGAAUUGAUGCGUAUGCUCAACAAGGAAAUGUGCAUGCAGUUUGACUGUUUCUUUAAUUCAUUUAGACUGAGAUUUUGUAUUUUCCACUUAUAAUGUACAAUACGGUAUUUGUUUCCAUUCAAUUGAAAUAGCCAACCGUUAUUGUAUAAUAUUGAAUGCAGUAGAUUUUUCUAUCAUUCAAGUCACAUGCAUUGGUAAGUGUGCUACAAGAUGUGUUAUACAAUGAAAAAUCAGAAGUACUGUAUUGUAGGCGAUUACUUGCUGAAUGUUAAAUGUAUCAAAUAAUAAUUUUCAAAAACUGACUUCAAUGAUCAUUAACCAAUCAUGAACUCAUUUUAUUGAGUUGGUCAUCAUGAAACGUUUUCGAAUAUUUUAAUUUUCAAUAAUAAUUUUGAUUUACAAAAUGAAACUUGGAUCCCAUAAUGCACUAGAAAAAUCAUUGUUAUUUGAAUCGAAAAAUUAAAAAUCAAUUGAUUUGAAUUUUCUAUAUCAAACAUCAAUAAUUGAUUUAAAUCAUUCACAUUAUAAUGGAAUAAUUUUGAUUGGAAAAUGAAUGAAUUUCUAAUUUUUCCAGUUAUAUUGAUUAGUAACGAAAUAUUUUACUUAAAUAUAUAACAAAUAUUUAAUAUAGGUAAACAUCAUGGAGUAAACAUUUUGCACUAGACCAGUAAAUUAUAGCAUUACAUUAUGUAUUGUUAUUGAUCAUUGCGUUUUUAUUACACGUAAAUAAUUCUGCUUUUAUAUUCUUGAUGAGGAUCAGUCAAAUAAUUACCAACACCAUAAUAAUAAUAAUCAACAAAAAUAAUAUCUGAUCGUUAGGAAAUUUGUAGAUAACUACUGUUUUUGCUGUUAUGUACUGUAAUAAAAGUUUAAUAUCAACUUAAUUUCAACACUUACUUGCUUAUAUUCAAUAUUAAAUAAUAUUAUAAAUCAUUUAUACAGAGGAAACACAUUAAAAUUAUUGUCUGAUAUAGUAAUUAAUAUUAUUAGAAUAAGAGCGACAAUCACUUCCUGUUUUAACGUGACUUGAAAGAAUUUGCUGUUUAAUUUUUUCAUCAAUUUACAACUCAAAAAAAGAUUUUAUCACAAAUAUUAAAUCAUUAGACUUAAUUACAUUGUUAUUAAAAAAAAAUGACAAAAUUAUUAAAAUUGAAUAAAUAAAUUAUUACUCUUGAUAUUUUAUACGUUUUUCAAUAACUUGAUGUGUUUACUAGUUCAAUUACGGUAAUUUUCUACAUUUGUGUCAAACUAUCAAUCAAGAAAUGAAAAAUUAAAGUUAUCCUACAUGUCAAUGUUCCAACAACUUUGUUAAAUUUAAUUAUGUCAAUUGACUUACUGACUAGAAAUUUUAUUGUUACAUCUUCAUUUCGAUUAUCUUCCGAGGUAAAUUUUUUAGGGGUAACAUAUAAAUACAGUAAGUAAUACAGUAGUAUGAACAAAAAAGUGAUGUAAUCUACAGAUAAUUGAUAAAAAUUUAUUUGUAGCCAAGAUUGUGCUCUUGGAAAUAUUUACAAAUAUUGAAAUCCUAGGCUAGCUAUAUGUUGUCAACUAUGUUAAUGAACUUGACAAGCAAUAGGUAUAAUUAUAUUAUAAUUUCACUCGCCAAACUAUACAUUAUGAAAUAAUGUAGAUUCCGAUUAUUCUUGUGUAGAAUGAGGAAUUGUGUCAUAUUAAAUUAAUUUUAUAUCGACUGCUCCUUUUGUGAAAUUGGAAACUUAGACAAGAAUAUAGUUUUAGAAUAGAUUACUAUUGUUCAUAGAUAUAAGAAGAAAUAGAUAGCCAAUGAAGCUAUACUGUACAUUAGUGAGCUGAUUAGCAUGGGCUUGAAGUUUUAUUUUUCUAUAUUCAGAAAUUUGUCCAGAACGUAAAAUUUAACAUUAUGCAUUUGUAUGAGCUCCAUCCAAGAAGCUUAUAAAUAAUAUUUGUGAUUGAAUUAUACAAUAAACGCAGUUGAACAAAAUGUUUUUGUAGCUUGCUUAAUGUCUUAGACUUAAUAACUUUCAACAUAAGGAAUUAUUUUGUUUCGCUGUGAUCCCUUGUUCGAGGAAUAUAAUCCACUCAAAUUCUAGUCCUGAUUUUGGUUAUUUCCAGCUAUAACAAUGCUUUUGUAUUGGUAUCUUUAUAGAAGAAUUCUUGUUAGAUAAGUUCAUUCAUUUGAGAAUUCUCUAUAAGGAAUAAAAAAUAUACACUGCUUCACUUAUUUAGGUUUUUUAUGUUAACAUUGAAGUCAUUAAAAUAAUAUUUUCAGUAGCACGUGGGACAGAGUGAGUCCAUUGUGAGGACCAUUUAGUUGACCAUUUAAUUAUCAAACAGUUCUCUUUACUGCAACAAUUUUAAAAUUCCAGUUUAUGUUAUGUGUUGUAUAAUUUAGAAUCGUAUCAGAUACUUAUUUUUAUGAUUGAUCUCACAGGUACCAAUACUGCACUUUCAUAGCCUGUGUCGUGAUUUAUAAAUCCCCUUUCUUAAUUUGGUCGAUUUGGAGGUUCAUUUAUCAAUGCUGGUCUUGUCCACAUUCAGAUUAAGCCCAGCUUCAAGAUGUGUUGAAGCAAUAAUUGUUCCACUCAAGAAGAGAUUAUUUUCAGUAUCGACCUGGAAGUUUAUUAUACUAUGAGGCAUAGAGCCAAAUGUAAGGAUUGUAUUGAAGAAGACCUUCAUUUUAACUUUUAAUCGGCCUGCUCAUGUAUAAGUACCAUUAUUAUAAAUGUUGUUUAAAAACAAAAUAAAUAAUGUAAACAACAUGAAA